AUGCAGGCCUCCUUCCGCCUGUCCACCAUCGCCCGCCAGAUGCGCGGUUACGCUACCUCCGCUCGCGUCACUGAGCUCACGACGCCCAAGCCUGAUGACAUCGUUGUUACUCGUUCGGCCAUGUGCCGCGCCUUCAAGGGCUCGUUCCGCGACACCUCGCCCGACACGCUGCUCUACCAGACGCUGCAGAAGGGUGUGAAGGAGGCCGGCCUCAAGCCCGGCCAGGUCGAGGACAUCAUCGUCGGAAACUGCCACCUCCCCUCGCCCGCCUACCAUGCGCGCGCUGCUGCCCUCGCCGCCGGCUUCCCCGAGCACGUCCCCGUUGAGGCUAUCAACCGUCUCUGCGCCUCUGGUCUCCAGGCUAUCCGCCAUGUCGCUGACUCGAUCCGCGCGGGCGACAUUGAGAUUGGCAUUGCCGCUGGUGUCGAGAGCAUGACGCACAACCCCCGCCCGUCCCCCGUUUUCGAGGAGAAGGCGAUCGAUGAGUGCCAGCCCGCUAUCGACUGCGCUGAGCCUAUGGGCUGGACUUCGGAGAACGUUGCCGCAGACUUCAACAUCUCGCGUGAGGACAUGGACAAGUGGGGUCUCGCUUCUCACAACCGUGCCUCUGAGGCGUCCAAGUCUGGCCGUUUCCUCGAGGAGAUCAUCCCGAUUGACACCACGAUCCACGCCGACGCCAAGGACAAGUCGUCGCCCGUAUCCAACAUCACCGUCACCGAGGACGACGGUAUCCGUCACGGCAUGACGAUGGAGAAGAUGGCCGCUGCGAAGCCCGCCUUCUCCUGGGGCAACAAGCAGAGCACUGGCCCCAACACGUCGCAGAUGACUGACGGCGCCGCCAUGGCCGUGCUCAUGAAGCGCUCCACGGCUGAGGCGCUCGGCCAGCCCAUCCUCGCCACCUACAUCACCUCUGCCACCGUCGGCGUCACGCCCAAGUACAUGGGUAUCGGCCCCGUGCCUGCGAUCACGAAGGCGCUCAAGUCGGCCGGUCUGUCCAAGGACGACGUCGACGUGUUUGAGAUCAACGAGGCCUUCUCCUCCAUGAUGGUGUACACCACGCGCGAGCUCGGACUCGACCCCGCCAAGGUCAACCCGAACGGCGGCGCCAUCGCCCUCGGCCACCCCCUCGGCGCCACCGGCAUUCGCCAGGUCGUCACUGGUCUUCACGAGGUCAUCCGCCGCAACCAGGAGCAGAAGGGCCCCAAGAUCCUCGUCACCUCCAUGUGUGUCGGAAGCGGCAUGGGCGCCGCGGCCGUCUUCGCCGUCUAA